UAAUCCUAACACACCGUUGCCAAGGUUUCGACGAUCCGGCCACGCUACCCUUCCGUCGCUCCUCCCCACCCACGACCCCUGCCGGAAGGGCAAAAGGGGCUCGAAAUCGGUCCCCUGAUCCAAGAGCCAAUCUUCUAGUUCUCCCAAAUCCUUUUCCGGAUCCGAACUGCAAGUCCUCCUUCGCGACCAUGGAUCCACGCGCCAGGUAUCCUUCGGGCGUGGGCAACGGCCGCGGUGGGACCCCUAACUACUACGGCCGCGGCCCAUCGCCGCAACAGCCGCAUCAGCACCACCAGCAGCAGCAGCAGCAGAAGCAGACAUCGGGGGCGCAUCACCACCAGCAGUACGCGCAGAGGCAGCAGCAACAGCACCGCCACAGCCACAACCACCAGCAGCAACAGCAGCAGCACCAGAGUCACCAGCAGCAGCAGCAACAGCAGCAGUGGCUGCGGCGGAAUCAGAUUGCCCGCGAGGCCGCGGGCGCAGCCGUGACCAGCGAGCCGAAGGCCCUGGCGCCAUCCACGGCCGCCGACGGCGUCAAUUCGAGUUCGCAAGAUUGGAAGGCCCAAUUGAAGCUUCCACCUCCUGAUACACGCUACAGGACAGAGGAUGUUACAGCCACCAAGGGCAAUGAGUUUGAAGACUAUUUUCUCAAGCGUGAACUCCUAAUGGGUAUUUACGAAAAGGGAUUUGAAAGACCCUCUCCUAUUCAAGAGGAAAGCAUUCCUAUUGCUUUAACUGGUAGUGACAUUCUUGCAAGAGCGAAGAAUGGAACUGGCAAGACUGCUGCAUUUUGUAUUCCUGCACUGGAAAAGAUUGAUCAAGAAAAAAAUGCUAUUCAAGUUGUUAUAUUGGUUCCCACAAGGGAAUUGGCUCUACAAACAUCACAAGUUUGUAAGGAGCUUGGUAAACAUUUGAAGAUCCAAGUUAUGGUCACCACUGGUGGAACCAGCUUGAAGGAUGAUAUUGUUCGUCUGUACCAACCCGUGCACUUAAUUGUUGGAACACCUGGCCGUAUUUUGGAUCUUACAAAGAAAGGUGUUUGCAUUUUGAAGGACUGUUCAAUGCUUAUUAUGGAUGAGGCAGACAAGCUUCUCUCUCCUGAGUUUCAACCUUCCAUAGAACAGUUGAUUCGCUACCUCCCUGCUAGUCGACAGAUUUUGAUGUUCUCAGCGACAUUCCCUGUGACUGUUAAGGAGUUCAAGGACAAAUAUCUUCCUAAACCUUAUGUGAUUAACCUUAUGGAUGAACUUACACUGAAGGGAAUUACGCAGUUCUAUGCUUUUGUUGAAGAACGACAGAAAGUUCACUGUCUCAACACCCUCUUUUCCAAGCUUCAAAUCAAUCAGUCAAUAAUAUUCUGUAACUCUGUAAAUCGUGUUGAACUAUUGGCGAAGAAGAUCACAGAGCUUGGUUAUUCUUGCUUCUAUAUUCAUGCAAAGAUGCUACAGGACCACCGCAAUAGAGUUUUCCAUGAUUUCCGUAAUGGAGCGUGCAGGAAUCUUGUUUGUACUGAUCUUUUUACAAGGGGAAUAGAUAUUCAAGCUGUGAAUGUUGUUAUCAAUUUUGAUUUCCCCAAGAACUCUGAAACAUAUCUCCACAGGGUUGGUAGAUCUGGGAGAUUUGGCCACCUUGGUCUGGCCGUUAAUUUGAUCACCUAUGAGGAUCGAUUUAACUUGUAUAGGAUUGAACAAGAGCUUGGGACUGAAAUAAAACCAAUUCCUCCUCAGAUAGACCAGGCUAUAUAUUGCCAAUGAUCAGGCAGUUUUCAUCUUUGUUCAUUUCUCCGUGAUUAAUAAGGAGACAACUUUUGUAAAUACCAGCUCAUCAGGUUUUAUGGUGUUGAUCUCAUUUGGUGCAUCGGAGACAAUUCUAAGUUGGUGGAUUACGUGAGACGAGGCACCCGACUUUUCCUGAUCACCUUGUCAUGCUGACACUAUUAUGGCUAUAUGAGGGAAAAUGUCCUGCCACACUAGGCACAAAGUAGUGUAUAUUACUAGGUGCCUAUUCCUAGACCCUGUCCUGCUUUGAGUUCGUUUGUAUUUCCCUUGUUUUCCGUACGCCGUGUCGUUAAGCAGUUUCACACAGGACAUUUUAACCCUGUUGCUGGUUCUGGGCGUGUGGCCUGUGGGUGCCGCGCACAAGGGUAAAAGACAUUUUAGCCCAAGUGGAACUUGGGGAUGUGCGCCUCAGAUUGGUUAAUGGGUGUGACAAGUCGGCCAUCACACUUGAGGUCUGGAGUCUGAACGGUAGUGAAGUGAUUUUAAGUUUGCCAAUAAUCAGUGGUAAGCUGCACCGUGCUGUGCUGUCUUUUACCCUUGCAACCAUGUCCCUUUGCUUCUUGGCAUGGUCGCCAUUUAGAUUCUGUCCGGCGAAUGUAACGCUGGGAUAAAACGUUCUUGUCGUUUGUGAUGGAUUUAUGUGUUUGGCACAAGCAACUUGGCCAGGUUAUGGGUACCAGAACUGUCUACUUGUUUCUUCCAUAAUAACAAACUUUGCAGUUCUUUUGUACUCA